GAUCUCCCGCUCCCGAUAUCACUCAAGAACCAAGAAGUGGAAUAGCGCUCACUAAUAGAUAGAAACUCCACUUCCCCGGGCAUUCUCUUCGACUUGCUCACUAUCAAUUAAUUCAUCAUGGCUGAUACAACAGAUCCCCCGAUGAAUCCCUCGUAUCGAGUCCCCGAGCUACAGCAGCACGAUCCUCCAAUUGAACCCGAUCACCCAGCUCCUCCAACAAACGACGAUGCCGCAACAGAUGAUGGAUACGCUUCAUCCGAGCAUUCCGCGCAGUCGUCAUCUCUAGCUUCGAGUGUGCGCGAUUAUCAAUUCGAGAACAGUCGACGAUACCAUAAAUUCAAGGAGGGCUUGUACCAAUUCCCAAACGAUCUACCCGAACAAGAACGAGAGGACAUGAAGCACACGGUUGCGGUGCAUCUGCUUGGCGGCAAGUUGCACAAUGCGCCGUUGGACCAUCCUCAGAAGAUCCUCGAUAUCGGAACAGGCACUGGAAGUUGGGCGAUUGAUAUGGGCGACGAAUAUCCCGGCGCCGAAGUCAUUGGGAUCGAUCUGAGUCCCAUUCAACCACCAUGGGUUCCUCCCAAUGUCCGAUUCCUCGUCGACGACGCCGAAGCACCAUGGCUAUACUCCGAAAACUCAAUAGACCUCGUCCAUUUGCGCAACAUGUCCACAGCAAUCAAGGAUUGGCCUGCGCUGCUGGGACAGAUCUACCGCGCAUUAAAGCCAGGAGGAUGGAUCGAGCUUCCAGAAUUCCGAUGGGUAUACGGAUGCGACGACGGAACACUACGUCCCGACUUUACACCACCGCAAAUGGUAGCCAACAUCCGAGCUGCCCUCUCCAAGUCAGGCAUCGAGAUGCAUGCUGCCGAGAAGAACCCCGACAGACUACACGACGCUGGAUUCGUCAAUAUCCGCCACGAGAUCAAGAAAGUGCCGGUUGGUCCAUGGCCUAAAGACGCAAACCUCAAGAUGAUUGGCCUCUAUAAUAGGAGCGUCAUCUACGACGGUCUCUAUGCGAUCACCAUCGGUCCCUUCACCCGAGCCUUGGGAUGGACUCCCGAAGAGGUUGAAGUCUUUCUUGUCAAGGUCCGAAAGGACUUGAAGGAUCCUUCGGUGCAUUCUUAUGUUCACUUCCAUUCCUUAUGUGCGCAGAAACCUUUCCACCCAUAGACUGCCCUUCCAUGGCGUCCUGCAUCGCUAUCGCAGUCAUUCCCUGUACACGUAGGCAUCCUCUUGCCCGCGCUUCAAAUAAUUCCUACCUCUUUCUUGAACAUCUCCAACCAUUGCGCGUGGUCCGCAGGUGUUUGAUUCCAAGGGUCGUCACUGGAAGGGUAAGCUGGAUGCGUCAAAGACAGGAGGGCACGGACAUACUCAUUGUAAAGCAGGCAUCGAGCUUGAUGUCUAAGCUCCUCAUCAGAAGGAACAUGACAGAUUGGGUUAUUGGGUGACAUGGCCGCCUUUACCCAUCUCUUCAUCUCGCGCGCAAACCACGGGAGAUGGUUCGGGUCAUUCAAGACAUAGAUACCCGGACCAAGCCACGUCGGUCGAAGGCCUGACUCCCCUUCGGCUCCGGGACUCGGGGUCGUCUGUGGUAUUUUUGGUGGUGAUUUAUCGUCUGACCAAAGCCAUGUAAAGUCAUCGAGCGAUGGGUCAAACGUGGAUUGAUCAGCGUUAUUAGCUGGUUCGUUCGCUUGCCAUGUCAUGCUUGCGCCCGACGGCCCAGCUUGCCCUCCAAAAGACCAGCCAUUUCCGUCAAAGAGAGACGAGUUGUUCACCCAAGAUAGAUCAUGUUGUACCUGGGCGCUUGUAAGCUCGGCAGACCAUCCCAUAUUACCUGGCGAUGGGAGUUUCCAGCUGUCAUUGGUUGACAUUAGGUCUGCACGUCGCCGAAAGUCGCUUAUCCAGUUCGUUGAUUUAUACAGGAAACCAAUCAACCAGUUCGCAACGAAUUCCGGCUUCGUUUGAAGCUCGCUUUCCAUCUGCAUGACAAUACGACCUGCCUCUUUUUGUAGCUCUCCAUCCGAUACCUCAGACAGACCCCUCAUUCUUCGAUCACGCAUGAACGCUUGCAAUCGUGACUCCAGUGGACACUCCUCAAACAACGAGUUCUUGCCCUUGACCCUCAAGACAGAAAGUCUACUCUCUGUACUCGAUCGAAUCGGUGCGAAGCGAGCUUGUUGAGCAAUCUCAUCAGAGGACAGAAGCAAGUCUCUGAACCACGAUGGACUCCCGUGAGAGUCCAGGUUCGCUUCGGGGAAUGUUACUUCUGAAGCAAACAUGAUGCGGCAUGCCUCCAGUUGUAGACUUUCGUGACUUGGCAGACUCCCGAUAUUGUCGGUGUGAUUCGAAAUAAAGUAUGCCAACUCCAGCGUGAUGAGCUCGUAUGCACUUCGAGGAGAAUCAGGUGGUUUGCCACUGGCUGCGAAGGGGAAUGGAGUUCCACGUUCCAAUUCAACCAAGUCUGAAACAAGUCAGCAACGUACUUCAAAGCGCUCACGGCACUCACAUGGUGGCAAAGCCUUCUCUAUAGUCUUCAAUAUAUUAUCUUCGAAUCCCCAGUCGCCAACCCAGUUAUUCAUCGUACAUCCCAUCUUAAAAUGGUUCGCUAAAUGAUCAACUCUAUCAAUCCAUCUAGUCAUGGAAGCUUGACAGAAUCCACAUCUCGAAAUGAUAUCUGGUUGUGCAGUCCUCCAUAGUUUCAUAGAAAGUUCGGUUAAUUUGGCGUUAUGCACAAGGCGUAGAUGUUGCUUGAGGUGGUCUUUCCUGCUAAAUGAUCUUUCCUGACA